CGUGAAUCUUGCUUCGGUUUCCUGGUCGCAGCUGCAUCUCUGUAGCCCGCAGGUUUGGAGGAUGAGCUCAGGAAAUGGGACCAGGAGAAAAGUCAAGAUGCAGCAAUUCAACGACGUGGUGGCGUCUGACCCCGAAACACAGACUGAGAUUCAAGGUCUUUUUAGUAAAGUUAGGACCUAUGUGAAACCGUCCAAUGGGGAGUGGCGUAUCCCCGAUCCAAACACUGCUCUUAGACACACAGUGGAGGAGCGCUGUCGGCUGCAGGCCCUGAAGGUGUCCCUGAAUGAUGUGAAGAACCAGCUCAGUGACAUGAACGUCCAGGUCUGGCAUCAGCACACCAACUCCACCAAUCGAGCUGGGAAGGUGAUAGCUGUCGUGCGUUCUGCUGUCAAUGCGGAGAUCUGCACUCAGGCCUGGUGCAAGUUCUAUGAGAUCCUGGGAACCUUUAAUCUGCUUCCAGACGAGGCUCUUCAGAGUGGAGAGCUGAACACAGUCCACCUCUGUGAAGCCCCAGGGGCUUUCAUAGCUGCUCUGAACCACUACAUCAAAACCAGCGAGUCCACGCGCUACUGUGACUGGAGUUGGGCAGCCAACACUCUCAACCCGUACCACGAGGCUAACGGGGGGAGCACGACCAUCGCGGAUGAUCGGCUAAUCGCUAACACGCUGCCCUGGUGGUUCUUUGGUUCAGAUAAUACAGGCAACAUCAUGAUCCAGAAACACUUGCUGGAGCUGAAGGCGUUCGUCUCUAACAUGCGUAGAGUGGACUUGGUGACAGCGGAUGGUAGUUUCGACUGCCAGGAGAACCCGGACGAGCAGGAGGCGCUGGUGGCGUCACUGCAUUACUGUGAGGUCACGGCUGCACUGCUCCUGCUGAGCCCCAGUGGCUCCUUUGUGCUGAAAAUGUUCACAUUGUACGAACACUCCUCCGUCUGUUUGCUAUACCUGCUGAACUGCUGUUUCCACUCUGUCAAUGUCUUCAAACCCGCCACCAGCAAGGCCGGCAACUCUGAGGUUUACGUCGUGUGUCUGAACUACGACGGCAAGGAGGCGGUGAGGCCUCUGCUCUCAAAACUCAUUCGGAACUAUGGUCCACAUCUGGCCGACCGGGAGGCACUUUUCCCAAAUAAACUAGUCCCAGAGUCGUUCCUGAAGCAGCACGAUGAAGUGUGCUCUUACUUCCACACGCUGCAGGUGGAGACGAUCACAGAAAACCUGCGGCUGUUUGAAGGCAUGAGCACAGAGCAGAGGCAGCGGCUCGACCACAUCAGGGACUGUACGGCUCACGAAUACCUGCAGCGAUUCCAGGUGAGCUUCCUUCCACGGGGCCGUUGGGUCUCCCGUAACACGGUGAGUCCUGCCUGUUGCAGCGUCUCAGGGGGCCGGCCUCUGGGACAGAGGAAGCAAACAGGUUCCUUUAAUGAGCGGAGGGAGCUGCAGACCCUGACCUGGAGGGAGCGCAUUGAGAGGGGUUUCCAUGCCACCUGGAUACAAAGACAUCGCACUGAGGCCGGUGGGACAGGCUGCGUGCUGGAAGGCCCCCUGUCCGAGUAUCACGUGGACUCAUGGUACGUUAUUGUCGGGGCUGCACUGCCCGCACUCAGGAACUCUCCGUUCUGCGAGGGAGGACUGUUAAACCACCUGAAUGAAGCCCUGAUGGACACAGGAAAAGACUGGACUCGUGCACCUUGCUGUGACUCUUGCCAUGUGGUGUGCACAGCCUCCAUCUUGUCCAGUGUCGCAGGUGUCUGUGACUUUAAAGGCGACAGUGAUGGGAACAGAAAGAGGAGACAGUGCAUGGUGUUUGGCAGCCGCGCAGUUUGGGGUGCAUGCGAGAGCCAGAUUGAGGAUUUAGUCUUAAUAUUUUCUGCAGAGCCUUCGUUUCCUCAAAGAGGCUGCGACACGCUGCAUGACGGGGAGCCGCUGUACCAGCAGCAGCUCUUGGGUUGUGUUGUGUUCUCCCUGCAGACGCUGAACUCUGGGGAUGCCCUGCUGCUGCCCCUGUUUUCUGCCCUCACCCGUGUCACAGCAGCUGUUGUGCUCUGUCUGCAUGUGUGCUUUCGCUCAGUCACGUUCAGGUAUCCGCCGCCCUCUGGGGUCGUUGGGACAGUGCUCGUGUGUGUUGGCUUCCGUGCUGAAGCUGCUGCUCGAAUACUGCCCGUUCUCACCGACGUCCAUAACUGCAUGAGUCAGCUGUUGAAAGAAGUGGAAGGUAAAAGUGAGUCUUCGGGCUGGGACAGACAGGUGCUGCAGUUUGUUCCCAUGGAGGAACUGCUCACUGGAGGACUGACUGAGUUCCUUUGGACCAUGAACUCUGAAAUCAUUCAACAGAAGCUGCAUCUGCUCAUGCAAUCAUAGCGCAGGAUAUUGAGCUGUGACUCUACUGUUUCAGAACAGACUCCAUUAUGUUACAAUCUGUUUUAUUUUUGAUGUAGCAGCAGACUGUGCAACUGCAUUUAGUCACUGAAUAGUUUUGUGAGCUGAUAUUAAAAAAAGUGAUCCACUGAUUAGACAUUACACUCCUAACAACAAUGUCGGACUCUCAAUGGCCACCCUAAUCGAUUGGAAACACUGCAGUAACGUAAACAAUGCGAGUAUGAAUAGCCCCUAAGAUGCUUUUCGUUGCCAUCUGAUUCUCUUCAUAUCUAAUCUUCUUGCUCAUCGUCCGCCGGUUCUUAAGAUUUUACUGAUUUGGUGUGAAGAUUUUAUAUGUACAUUUAUUUAUGGAAAUACAAUACAAGUUGAGAAUUCAGGUACAUAAUAAAAGUCAUCUCCAUUAUAUUAUAGGGUCCUAACAGGUUUGAACCAA